AUGAGCCAGAGAUCGUCCAAGAGCAAGUCCAAGAGUAAGUCCAAGAAAGGCCAGAAAGAAGUGGCCAUCCUUGAGUUGCAAAAAGAGCAGUUGGAUCGACAAGUGGAGGCUCUCCAACAGACGGCUGCCAUGAUUGGUUCAUCAGGAGGAGACGCAUCGGAUGCGUCGCCCAACUCCAGUGGAUUCUUCUCGGCCGCAUGCGAAGCCGAGUCGCAGCAGAGCAAGAGCGAGUUAGGAUCGCCACGACAUUCAAAACACAAAAAGAAGUCUACUACUACCGGUAGUAGCAGAAGAGGAGAGGAAGAGAAGGAAGAGGAUGCUACAAAGAACAAGACCACUUCAUCAUCAUCCAACAAGAAAAAGAAGAAACAGAAGCAAGGAUCUGCUCAUACUACAAGCCAUACUCACAACAAGGACAAGACGAUCUCCUAUACGUUGACUCCUCCACGCAAGGAUCCAUCUGGCCAAUUGUAUUCUUCUCCUCCAAAGAAGGACGCACGCGGAUACAAGGGCGCACCACACAAUGUCAGCAAUAAUAAUAAUCAAGAUUUGACCCUCUCUCCCGGUGCCAUUCGAAAGAUCAAGAUGAAGUUGACGGAAGAGAAUAAUCCACACCACAUUGCCGCCGCAGUGGAAGAAACGCUGCUGCCCACUCUUCUGGACUUUCAACCAUCUCCCAAACAUUCAUCAAUGACAUUGAAUCGCACCAUUAUUUUGAGAGCUCCGGUCCCACCGGGUGCCGAUGAUGAUGACGACGACGAUGGUGUGAUGGAACCGUCACAUCAUCAUGAUCCCUACCAUCAUCAUCACAAGGCAAAGAGUCCAUCUUCCUCUGUGUCUGCCUCCUCUCGUAAUCAUCAUCAUCAUCAUCAUCAUCAUUCUAGUAUUCCAUCAUCUCGCCGCCAAUCGUUUACCAAGGCCGUUGCGGCGGCGGCCGUGUCCGAUGCCACUGUCAAUGGGCGACCCUUUUGCCCCAAAACCUCACGCAUCAAGGAAGCCGUGUCCGCCUUGUCGUCCGAUCGGGCUUGUUCGCAGUAUUUUCAAACCAUGGGACAAUCCUUUCGACCGGGGAGCAGUCCUACUAUUAAUAGUAGUACACCUCACGAGCCCAAUAUUUCAAAUAUGGAUGCUCCUCCACACCAGAAAGCAACCAGCUCUGCUCGAAGUAGUAACAACAACCCUGGGGCGCUGACGAACGGAUCUGCCACGGGGUCGGCGUCGGAAGCGGUCCGAGGCGUGCUCACACAAGACGAUGCCUCCAGCAAUCACGAACUGGCAUACAAGGUCGCGUUGCUAGAGGGUCUAUUUGAUGACGUUGCGCACAGUGCCACGGCCACCACUACCAAGAAUACUACUGGUGCAUCCCGCCCGAGUUCAUCUCACCAGCAAGGCAAUGGGGCAGUCGACGCCGGAGAUGCCAAAGUGUCCAUUGGCGGCAGCAGUACCAGAGGUAGGAGCCAUUCCAAGCGGAACAGCGCUCGUCAAUCAGCAGCACCUCCAACCAGAGAUAUCGAGCAAGAUCCUUUGCUCAUCCGAACCGCGGUGGCAUGCAACAGUGACGAGGAAAAGGCAUUGCUCCGUGACAACAACAACAACAACGACCAAGAAGCUCCCGACGGCUUGACCCAUGACAUUAUCUUUGCUACGAAACGAAAAUCUUCGUUUGCGAGUUUUGGGAGCAUGCCAGGCUUGUUCCGUAUCGACGAGGACAACAGUAAUGGAAGACGCCGUUGCCUGUGGCUCGUCUUUCUUGGAUUCUUCCUCAUUGUCGGCAUCACCAUGAUCUUGACCUUCACAUUGAUGUACCUUGCACAUUACAAGCAGCAGGAGACACAGGAGAGUGCCUUGAUUGGUCAUCCUACCCUGGCUCCUAGUUCCUUCCAAUACGAUGUCCUGCCGUGGUACACCCAGCGUGCCUUUGAGCAUCCAUCCAGCCCACAGUCCAGGGCGUUUUAUUGGCUCGAAAAUGAUCCCAACAGGCCUGCUCUGAAACUUGUAGAGGCUGUGCAGAGGUUUGUGUUGGCAAGUCUCUAUGUGGCAACCAAUGGCGAUGGGUGGUUCAAAUCCGGAUCAUGGUUGGAUUACCCAACGUCGGAAUGUCAGUGGUACACCCAUGAAUUUGAUUCCAUUUGUGAUGGAGUCGGGCAACUGCACACCCUCAGCUUGCCAGGCAAUUCUCUCCAAGGCCGUUUGCCCGAGGAACUGGAGCUUCUAUCUCAUUUGAACAUUGUCCAACUUCAAAACAACCAGCUGACGGGCACCCUUCCCAAGGGCAUCUGGACUUCUUGGACGCAUCUGGUCUAUCUCAAUGUCUACAACAACAAACUGGGAGGCACAAUCCCUCGUGGUGUUUCUUUCCUGGCAAUGGCUCAGCACCUGAAUACCCUUAUCCUUCGAUCCAAUCAGUUUUCAGGAUCGCUCCCUCCAGAGCUGGGCUUGCUGCAUUUGGAGUUUCUAAGUCUCUCGGCGAAUAGAUUCACUGGAAGUCUGCCUACAGAGCUAGGCCUCAUGUCCAAUGUAAGAGAGAUGUACUUGUAUGACAACCAGUUCUAUGGCACCAUUCCUUCCACCCUUGGUCAGUUGAGUAAGCUGACCCGUCUGGAACUACACAAUAAUGAGUUCAUUGGCAGUGUCCCCGACGAAAUCUGCAAGCUAGUUUCCAAAGGAAGCUUGACAAAACUCACUGUUGACUGUGAACAAGUGAGAUGCACUUGUGGUUGUGACUGCACUGCCUCCAAGGACAGGAGAAUGUUUUAG